AUGUCUCGAAGGUAUGACAGCCGCACCACCAUCUUCUCCCCGGAGGGCCGCCUGUACCAAGUGGAGUACGCAAUGGAGGCUAUUGGCAAUGCAGGAAGUGCCAUAGGCUUACUGUCCAAAGAUGGGGUUGUGUUAGUCGGCGAGAAGAAAGUGACCUCCAAGCUCCUCCAAACCUCUGCAUCCACCGAGAAAAUGUACAAAAUCGACGAUCACGUGGCUUGUGCUGUGGCCGGGAUCAUGUCCGAUGCAAACAUACUCAUCAACACUGCCCGGGUCCAGGCCCAGCGCUACACAUUGGCCUACCAGGAGCCCAUGCCGGUUGAGCAGCUCGUCCAAUCCCUGUGCGACACCAAGCAAGGGUACACUCAGUUUGGUGGGCUUCGCCCAUUUGGCGUCUCGUUUUUAUUUGCAGGGUGGGACAAAAACUAUGGGUUCCAGCUGUACAUGAGUGACCCGAGUGGGAACUAUAGCGGCUGGAAGGCUGCGGCCAUCGGGGCGAAUAAUCAGGCGGCUCAGUCAAUGCUGAAGCAGGACUAUAAGGAUGAGAUCACAAGGGAUGAGGCGGUUGAGCUUGCUCUAAAGGUGCUUAGCAAGACGAUGGAUAGCACAAGCCUCACAUCCGAGAAGCUUGAGCUGGCUGAGGUGUUUGUGUGUAAUGGGAAGGUGAAGUAUCAGGUGUGCUCGCCCGAGGCGCUGAGUAAGCUGCUGCUCAAGUCUGGGGUUACACAGCCUGCUGCUGCAGCCGAGGGUUCAUGA